AUGUCCAAAGUUUCAAUCCUGGCCAAUCUUUGCCUCGAUGAAAUUAAUUUAAUUCUCUUCUACUCAUGCCCAUCGGAAGUGUUGUCUUUGCGUCUCUCAUCUAAGAAAAUGUACAAUGCCAUUCAAAAUGAUGAUCAAUUUGCUCACCAUUAUUUGCAAACAUAUUUCCGUUUUACCAAAAUCAUUGGAAAGUGUCAUGAUUUGUGCAUUGAACAUGCCAAGAAUGAUCAAAAACUGGGAUUGAGAAAAGUCUCUCAUUUGUGUAAUAUUGGAUUGGCAUUGGAAAAAGUACGAGAAAAGACUCUAGAAAAUUAUUCUAAAUGGAGUCUUUAUGCAGAUGCUUAUACAUUGAAUCACGAUGUGUUUGUUCAUUCUGUUGAAUCAGAAAAUGGUAAAUCUAAGAAAAACUUUACAAUUUUUACAGAUUAUGGAUAUCCUUUGAGAAUUGAAUUCAAAGAUGAAAUUGAUCAAGAUACAUAUUAUGGCUUUACAGAUUCCUAUUUUUCAAUUUCAGUCAAUGGAAAUCAAUUUUUCAGAGUUUUAAUUGAACACCAUAGUGAAAAGGCCAGUGUUAGUUACAGAUUUGCUGAUUUCCUUUCCAUUAUACCAUAUAUUUUCUUGGAUGUUGAAUUUGUUUUGGGACUGGAAGAUCCAGAAAUUCAGUUUACAAUAGAAGCAUUGCUUGUAGAAAUGAUUUGUAGUAUUUGUGGAGUUACCUUGAAUGCACCAUAUAUAACCAAUGAAGUACUAACCCUUUCAAAUUACAAAAGAUUUUCGAGGGUGUGUUUUGCAUUUGUUGAGAUAUUGUCCUUUGAUAAGAGAUAUUUGUUUUUCAAGAAAUUAGCAAUUGAUUAUCCGAAUUUAUUUGACAAGAGAGUGGCUGCAAAGGAAUGUCAUUCAGUAGCUGGGUUGAUAUCUGACAGAUUAAUAGGAAGUUCUCUAUGUGUAGACAUGAUGAUUAAUGAAUACAUGCUACUCAUUUUCAAGAAGGGAUUAUAUAUCUGUGGAAUGUUUAUUUAUAUUGAAGAUUGUGAUUAUUUGAGUGGAGAAUUGUUUUUGAGAAUGUUGGUGAAUGAUUUUGUGGAAAAGGGGUUACAAGAUUUAAAUAAUAUACCUAAGCGAUUAUUGAAUGACAAAGAGUUCAUAAUGAAUGCCAUGAGAAUGUCCAAACGUAGUCCUUAUUGCUAUACACAUAUUUCAGAGAGACUCAAAGUGGAUCCAGACAUUGUAUUGACUGCUGUUAGGAAAUGUCCUCAGGUUGCUUUGAAAAUUCCAUUCGAAAGAUUGGAUUUAGAAACAAAGAAGAAAGUUUGUUCGAUAGUUCUGAAACCUCCCAAAUCAGCUCUCUUUGAUAAUUAUUACCGUCACUAUCCGAGAAAUCCCUUGGCUUGGAUACCAACAGCACACAGCUGCUAUGAAAGAGCUGAGCUUUUGGAUUACUUUGUAAGAAAAAAGCCAAAUUUAAUGGGAUAUCACACUCUUGUAACUGGCCAUCAUCUUGAGAUGGAAUGUAUUCAGCUGAUGUUUUUCAAAAGAAAAGAUUAUUAUGGAGCGUUUUCUUUAAUGAGUGGUUUGGUUAUUUCUGAAAAUAUUGAUUAUGACUUGCUUUCUAUAUUUGAAAGAGAUGAUUAUCCUGAGCUAUUUACAAAGCAGAUUGAAAAAUUUCCUUUUAUUGGAAAGGGUACUUUUACUCUAAAUGAUUUGGUACCUGUUUGCUUGUCGUCAGAUAGUUUCUAUAUGGACACUAUAUUAGACCAACCAUAUACACCAAAACACUUCAAUUUUUUCAGGAACCAUCUGAAGAAGAGAGGUGUAUAUCCUGGACUUGCCAAGAAAAUAAUGGAUGGUUCCAUUAGAGAAAAAGCCAUUGAUCCUUCUCAAGCAGAUGCAUUUCUAUCAGAAGUUCUAUCAAAUAAGAAGAUUGUAAAGAAACUUUUGGCUAUUCAGCCUUCUUAUUUUCCUUUCCUAUCAGAUGAUAUGAAAAAGGAAAAGGAUUUAAUAGAUAUUGCAUUGAGGUAUCCCAAUAAUUUAGAAGUGCUGGGCAAAACUGAUGAAAACUAUCUUAAAAUUUUGGACAAGUGUUUCACAGAAGCGAAGAUAUAUAUUGCUAAACAAGUUGGAUCGGAAAAUUUGAAAAACUUUUUGAAUAGAUUAUAUUUCAAUGUCAAUGAGGAUGGAACUCUAAUUAAUUUAAAGGAUAGUGUUAUGUACGAAUUCCCAAAAAUCAUCGUUCCAAUUACGAAAUAUUUCAACAAUCACUACCCAAUUGAACACUUCAUUACAAGAGAUCAAAUACUUGAUAUUGUAAAAUUAGGAGACCCAACCACCUUAGAAAGAAUGGCUCGAACUAAUCUACCUUAUGUUAGUGAUCCUGAUGUGAGAAAAGCGUUACUUCUCAAAGUAUCUCACUUCUGUUUUGAUACUGAAGAAAUUGAUGAUGAAUUGUGUUACGAAGUCAUGCUGAAAAAUCCAAAACUAUUGGUCAGCUCACCAAUUUAUUAUUUUGUUGGUUUUUUGGCUAAACAUGACUAUUACUUUGGAAAGCUUUUACUGGCUAAACGUCCAAAACUUAUUGAGCGUUUGUAUGGAGCUUCAAGGUUCUUCUCAAAAGAAAAUUGUGUCAGGUUGGUAAAUGAUGUACCUGAGAUUUCUCCUUACCUUGAAAAUAUCAAAAACCAACCAGUUCGCUAUUACUAA